AGGCCUUCUAAAGUUCUACUACUGCUCUUAACAGAAAUGGACAAAAUACCCAAUUCAUGACUCUCUCUCACUGAUACUACUCAUUACUCUCUCUCUCUCCUAUCCAAAUUCCAAAAUCCCUCGAAUAGAACAGAAUCACACUCCGAAAACAAAAACUUUCCAUCCAAAUUCUGCAACCAAACAACACCAUAUGCCGAUCGCUUCCAUUUCACUCAUCCGCCACCGCGCCAUUACACCGACCGCCACUUCUCUCUUCACCUCCAACCACAACAGCCUCCUCUACCGGCUCUCGACUUUCCGAUGCUUCACAAUCUCAGCCAAACAACAACAACAAAAGCAAAAACCCAACAACGUCUCGAAGAAGCCACCGCCGAACAAGAAUCUCCUUAGAGCCAAACACACCUUCAGAGACUAUUCCUCCUUAGCCCCAAUCCUCUCUCCCAAAGAGGCCCCUCCACUCUCCCAAUCCCAAGCCAUCGGCACCGUCGCCGCCGCCCAGGCCAACUUCAUGCGCGUGAUCGUCCAAUCCGAACCUUCUAGAACCGCCGACGUGGCUCCUCCGGAAGGUUCUGGAAUCGGAGUGGAGUUGCUGUGCGUGGUGAGGGCGGUGCUGAAGAAGAUAAAGAGGAGAGUGUUGGUUGGGGACAAGGUGCUGGUUGGGUCCAUUGAUUGGGUUGACCGGAGGGGCAUGAUUGAGAACGUGUUUCAGAGGAGCUCGGAGAUUUUGGACCCUCCGGUGGCCAAUGUGGACCAUUUCUUGGUGCUGUUCUCGUUGGAGCAGCCGCGGCUCGAGCCUUUUGCGCUCACUAGGUUUCUUGUUGAGGCCGAGUCCACUGGAAUUCCGCUCACGCUCGCAUUGAACAAGUCGGAGCUUGUGGAUGAAGAGACACUAGUUGGAUGGAAGACUAGGCUACAGAGUUGGGGCUAUGAACCAGUGUUUUGCAGUGUUAACUCCAAAUCUGGGCUUGAUGCUCUUGCAUUUAUUUUGAAAGAUCAGACAACUGUAGUUGUUGGUCCAAGUGGAGUUGGGAAGUCUAGUCUGAUUAAUACUCUGAGAAGCAGCCACCAUGCUUCUGAUGCAGAAGAAGGGGAUAAUUGGUUUGAUCCUAUUCUGGGUAGCAAGUGGUUUGAGGAACAGCGUAUUGGGGAAGUUUCAACUCGAAGCGGCAGAGGGAAGCAUACUACUCGCCAUGUUUCUUUGCUUCCAUUGUCAGGAGGGGGUUAUCUUGCUGAUACUCCUGGGUUUAACCAGCCAAGUUUGAUGAAAGUAACAAAACAAUCCCUUGCACAAGCUUUCCCUGAGAUCCAGAAGAUGCUCAUUGACAAUGAGCCCACAAAAUGUUCAUUCAAUAAUUGCUUGCAUCUCGGUGAACCAGGGUGUGUUGUGAAAGGGGACUGGGAAAGAUACCCAUACUAUUUUCAACUUCUUGAUGAAAUCAGAAUCAGGGAGGAAUUCCAGUUGAGGACAUUUGGAACCAAAAGAGAGGGUGAUGUAAGGUUCAAAGUUGGAGAAAUGGGUGUUAAGCAAGCGGAACCACGUUUGGAGCCUAAGAAGCAUAGGCGAAAAUCUCGUAAGAGCAUCAACCAGUCAAUACUAGAUGGUUUGGAUGAGCUUGAUGAUGACGACAACUUAGAUAUGGAAAAUGAUCCGAUUCUGAGGGCAAUGAAGGAAAAUCAAUAGGAAGUUAACUGCCGCACAUCUUAUACUGUAAAUAAUAAAUUUCUUAACCCUUUUCUCUUGGUGGUUAAACUGAAUUUACCAGUACAGGCUAGUGAGAGACUAAUUAGAUUUCUGAUUAACUGGAGGCAAAAUCUUUUUUGAAGGCAGUUAAUCAGAUUUGACAUGUAGAGCUAAUCAACUAAUACAAUGUUCACCUUUUCAUGCUU